AUGACGAUAGUUUACAUCAAGAAGAUAUUCAAUCAACACAAUAGUAAGUCUGAAGGAUUGUUAUUCGAAAUUGAAAUAUUACUCAAUGAAAUAACGACAAUGAUACACAAUUUGAGAAAGUGGAGUGCACCAGUCAAGCCUUCAAAGGACCUAAUGAAUUUUUUCGAUACAUUGGAAAUACAUAAAGAACCUUAUGGAGUGGUUUUAGUUAUCGGUGCUUGGAAUUACCCGUUACAAUUAACCAUGCUACCAGUCUGUGGUGCAAUAGCUGCUGGAAACUGUGUCAUAAUUAAACCAUCUGAAAUGUCUCCAGCAACAGCCGCAGCGAUAGAAAAUUUAGUUCCUAAAUAUUUGGAUACGGAUUGUUUUCACGUGGUUAAUGGCGGUAUACCGGAAACGACAGCUCUAUUAAAGCAAAAAUUUGAUUACAUUUUUUUUACUGGUUCUACCACGGUAGGAAAAAUAAUUCAUAAAGCAGCCAAUGAACACCUGACACCUGUCACUCUAGAACUCGGAGGAAAAUCUCCUGUUUUUAUCGAUGGAACAGCCGACAUAAAAAAAACUGCAGAAAGAGUUCUUUGGGGAAAGCUGAUUAAUUUAGGACAAACAUGUAUAGCACCCGAUUACAUUCUCUGUAAUAAAGAAGUUGAAAAAUCAUUUGUAACAGCCGCGAAAGAAGUUUUAAAUGAAUGGUUUGGUAGCAAUCCGAAAAAUAGCCCCGAUUUAUGCCGAAUCAUCUCUGACAAACAUUUUCAGCGACUUUCGAAAUUUUUAAAAAAUGGUACCGUGGCUUGUGGAGGAGAAACCGAUCCUUCCGAAAGAUUUAUAUCACCUACAAUAUUAGUUGAUGUUAAACCAACGGAUCCGGUAAUGCAAGAAGAAAUAUUUGGACCUAUCCUUCCUAUAAUUAACGUUGAAAAUGCAUAUGAAGCCAUUAAAUUUAUAAACAGCAGGCCAAAACCUUUGACAUUAUAUAUUUUCUCUAACGUUUCAUCAACAAAAGAUUUAUUAUUGAAAAAUACUAGUAGUGGUUCAAUUUGCAUUAAUGAUACCGUCAUGCAAUUUGUCGUCGGAAUGAGCGGAAUGGGAGCCUAUCACGGACAAUAUUCAUUCGAUACUUUUACUCAUAAAAAAGGAGUUUUAAAGAAAAAAUUUGGAGCCAUCGCUAAUUCUCUUACGAGUAAAAGAUAUCCGCCUUAUUCGGAGUCGAAAAUAAAUUUUUUGAAAAUGCUCAUGAAAAAAAGAACAUUUUACGGUCUGGGGUCAAUAACUAAAUAUUUCCCUUACGUAGUCGUAUUCGGUUUAGGAGUCGGUUUCACAUUAGGCUUCAAUGCUUAUCAUCUUUCAAAGGUACGUCAGGUAUAG